GUUUGCGCCGGCUCUACUACGAGCAUACGACAUUUGAGUAUAAGGCGAAAGUCGUCAGUGGACCUACUCGUACUUACGAAGGCAGAGGACAAUCGCUUCUGGUGGUAGAGCCGCCUAGUCAAAGCAGCUCUCACAUCGCCGCGACAGCCUCUCUUACACGCAGCGAUCAAAGUCAUGUCAGACAGCGACAGCGACUCGAGCGAAGAAGAAGCGCCGCAGCAAAAGCCAUCCUUCGGCGCGCUGCUCGGCGACGAUUCCUCUGAAAGCAGCAGCAGCGACGACGACGAGCCCGUGCUACCGAAGGCGCCGCCGCCGCCGCCAAAAGCGCAACAAAAACGCAAAAAGAAGAAGAAGAAGCAGCCGCCAGCACCACCAGCCGAGGACGACGACGCCACGGAGGCAGCGUUGGACGCAGCCAUCGCGGAAACAAGAAAGGAGGGCGGCGCCACAACAACAACAACGACAACCGCGCCGCCCUACCUGCGCUUCGAGUUUGGAAGGGUCGACACGGCGAAGGAGGUCGCGGCCGCGUUGGGCUCGAGCGUCGGCAAGCGGCGCGGCUUACAAACAAGACGGAGCCUGCUCGGCGCGCCGCCCGACGGCUACGGCAUAGCUCCGACCUACGGCAAGGGCGGCCUGCGCUGCGUCAAACGGAGUCCCGGCCGGGCGCGGCCGCACGAACAGUGGCACGUCUUCGAGGCCUCCGACGCCUACGCCCAAGCUACCGCCGAGUCGACCGCGGGUGACCCGAACUACCUCGCCCAGCGCGUCGCCGAACGGCCGUACCACGCGCCGCCCCUCGUAGCAUUGGCGACCUUUGCGCUCCGCGUCGGGCGCAAGGAGCUCGCCGAGCCGCUUCUGCGGCGAGCGACGACGGCGUACGAGGUCGCGCUCAACGCGGGCUCCGAGCGAACUAGAGAUUUGGUCAAGAGCGUCAAAUUACGUGUUGAUGCUUGUGCCGGCGAGUCAGCACUAUUCUUCAAGGCUUUGCAUGUCCGAGCUAGAGUGGCAUCGUCGAGCGGCGCGCCGGAGACGGCGGCGAAUUUACUACGCUUCCUGCUCGCGCUGGAUCCGUGGGGCGACCCCUGCGGCGUUUUGUUGAGGUUGGACGCGGAUUUACUGCAGGCGGGCGACGCCGAAGCGGUCCUGGCUUUGUUCGAGAGUCCGCUCACUGUAGUAUCCAUGCCGCCGGCCGACGUGUUUGACGAUGCGCCACGUAAACACAUGUCACCGCACGUCACGCACGAUUCUAGUACAAGAUUACUGCCGGGCCUCGCGUUAAAUAGGGCGCUAGCUUUGUUGAGAGUGCCGGGUGACCGCAAAGCAAAAAGAACCAGGGCGGUGAACGCCGUCGCUGAUGCGUUAGCAGCACAUCCUCACCUCCUGACGAACAUGCUCGGCGCGUGCGGCGUGAACCCGAACCAGGACUUCACGACUUCUUAUGAUUUCCGCGAGGUCGUGCUGCACGAGCACUUCCGGAAGCAGACACGUAGAAAUUGCUUAGCCCAGGCCUACGCCGUGGGCGCAUACGAGCUCGCGUUGGACGCCGCGUGUAUCAGGGGGAGAAAAUUGUGGGCCGAGCCGGACGCUCUGAAAUUGCUCCACGACGGCGCCGCGGCACUCAUCAAGCGGCUGGGGCCCGGCAAGGCCUCCACGCAAACGCUGGCGGUCGUCGACGCCGCGUGGUCGCGGACGGCGCUCGUGAAGUACGCGCGCGUGCCGGUCGAAGUCUUCGCCGACGACCUCCCGCAGCUCGGGCCCGACGCCGCCGAGGGGUUUGAUGAUUCGUUGUUGACUGUUGAGGCUUAUCAGCGCGCGCAACAGCAGCAGCAGGGCCGCGUCGUGUUCCGGGGUGGAGGUGGUGGUGGUGAUGUUGUGGGGGAGAUCCUGGCACAGCUCCCGCCGGACCUGAGAGCUGACUUCCAGAGGCAAAUUGACGCGGGGGUGCCGCCGGAGGAGCUCGAGGAGGCGCUCAUGCGGCUCGUCAUGUGAUUAAGUCAACAGUUGUUCUUUA